GUAUCGCGGUGCUUUGUGCUCCUCCUCCGGCACCAGGCACAGAGACAGCGGAAGAGUCAUGGCGGCAGUGAAGAUGCUGAGUCCCGGGGCAGCGGCUCUGAGCAGCGGACAGGCCGCGGAGAUGGACUGGAUGAGCCGAGAGGUCACCACCGGGACGACGAUCAUGGCUGUAGAGUUUGAUGGCGGCGUGGUUCUCGGCGCUGAUUCCAGGACGACCACUGGGGCGUACAUCGCCAACAGAGUGACCGACAAGCUGACCCCUGUACACGACCGCAUAUUCUGCUGCCGGUCCGGCAGUGCCGCGGACACCCAGGCCAUCGCCGAUGCCGUAACUUACCAGCUGGGCUUCCACAGCAUUGAGCUGGGCACCCUGCCCCUCGUACACACAGCCGCCAAUCUGUUCAAAGAGAUGUGCUACAAGUAUCGGGAGGAACUCAUGGCCGGGAUCAUCGUAGCUGGGUGGGACCAAAGGAAGGGUGGCCAGGUGUACACCGUACCCAUGGGAGGGAUGAUGGUCCACCAGCCAUUCUCUAUUGGUGGGUCCGGCAGUUCCUAUAUAUACGGCUUUGUGGAUUCCACAUACAAAUCGGGAAUGACAAAGGAAGAGUGUCUGAAAUUCACAGCCAACGCUAUUGCUUUGGCUAUGGAGCGGGAUGGAUCCAGCGGGGGCGUCAUCCGUCUCGCCGCCAUCACAGAAGCGGGGGUAGAGCGACAGGUCAUUCUCGGUAACCAGCUACCUCAGUUCCCAGUGUCAUGAGCGUCCCGGUUCCCCCUCUCUGUACGUUCAGCUGUUAUGUUUUGUUACUAGGAUGAUAUUACACAAUAAAGAGCGGAUCUAAUCAA